AUGACGUUACGGAGUAAGUCAUCUUUCAUUUCCAAUCCUUUACCUCACAACUUGAAGUCUUCUUCAAAAAAUACUCCUCCUCCAAAACUUUGCGAUUUCUUGCCCGAGGAACCAGAGAAGGAGCUAGAAGCAAAAGCAAAAGCAGAAGCUAUUGCGGAAGUACCUGAACUAGAAGAAUUCAAGAUGAGCUCUAGUCCCAAAAAAAGGUCGAGAUCCGUCUCCCGCUUGCACCGCAUUUCGGCAUAUCUUCCAAAUCUUUUUGUAGACACAGAUUCUAAAUCCACCAAAGAAAAGAUUCCACCCGUACCUCAGGUUCCCAACAUUCCUAUUCGACCACCACCGUCUCCUGCAGCUUCCGCAGAUAUCCCGCCCGUCCCCGCGAUCCCUCCUACACCCAAUAGUGCCCCUCCUGCGCCAGCAGCAUCACCGACUCAACAAACACCUAAUAAAUUACAAAAGGAACAACCUCGUAGCACCCCGUCGCCAUCCAAUGCAUCUGCAUCAGCAUCGCCAGAUGCAGCAGAACCGCCUGCCAAUCAAGUCCCAGAACGAAGAGGCAGGCACGGUUCGAUUUCGAAGGUGAACUCCCUUGCACCUCCAUCUUCCUUUUCGGCAGUUGGUGGCAAUGGAAAUAGAUCAGUUUCGUCUCCUAUAUCUGGUCGCCCAGCUUCAUUCAUUUCCGAUGGCGAGAAUAGCGCAAAGGUAACCAAGCGGAGGAGUUUCUUCCCUGGAAAGACAAAGUCGAGGCAUUCAUCAUCACAUUCCGGGACGGAUGGGAGAUCGCCUGCUUGGGUUAUCGCGGGAGAUCAAAAAAUCGAUUACAAUAUUUCACUUGUUACCAGUGGUGAGAAGGUACCAGAAUUAUGGGAGGAAUAUUGCGAUACAUUUGUACACGUUUUUCCAGAAUCAUUCAGUCAUGGACCAUCUUUCAAAGUUCCUUCCUUGAUCUUAUCAUCAUCUGGACCUCUUCACGAACUUUUAACCAACAGUAUUGCCAAGUGCAGGUCGACGAGUCUCGGCUCUACCGGUAGACAAAGUCCAGACGCAUCAACCGGUACACCUCCGGAAACUCCUGUUGAUGGACCAGCUGCAUCUGAGGCAUCUUCGGAUUACAUGAAUCCAUUACCCGAAGACAAUGGAGAAGUUCAUCUCUACUUCCCAACAGAACUGUCGACGGAUGAUCCUACUAAAUUUUCUCCCGAGGAUAUUCAAAACCUGGCCGAUGUUCGAAAUUUCUUUGCAUUUAUGACGGGCCAACCACUUGUUGCAACCAAGGCUUGUCCUAGCAUCUACCAUAUAUUCUUGGCCAUUUCCUCAAUUCUACAAAAAUUCGAGUUUACAAACUUUGAUGGAUCAACUUAUGGGGAGGCCGCAGCAGCUAGCUUUGCAUUCUUCCUGGACGACUAUCGUUUAGCUGAUGUUAGACAAAGUCGAGAGAAGAACAUUGAGGCGCUUGUGUUAGGAGAGCGCAUGAGAUCUACAGAGUUAUAUCACGAGGCAUUCGUACACGCGGCUGGUAAAUGGCACUCAAUCAAGGAUCUUAAAUCAAACCUUUUCGAUGAAAUUUCAACCAACACACGCGAUCGACUGGAACGAGCAUCCUUGGAACUUUCUCAGCGACAGCAGCGUGCCGAGGAACGUUUGGCGGAUUUUGAGUACCCUGCUCUGUUUUCUGGUGCGGCAGCAUCAAAGACUAGCGCGGAAUCUAAAAUUGCUCGGUUCCAAAAUUGGAAGGGGAAUUAUCUUGGCAUGAGGAGACACAUGUUAUCAUACUACAAAAUUGUGCAUGGUCAAUGGCCCCCAAAGCAAAAGACGAAGAAUCAAUCUGUUGAAGGAGGUCUUAGUCGUCAAGUACUCAAGCAGCUUUAUACAGAUAUGUGUAAUCUUUACGACUUUUUGGCUGAUCGCGAUGCCAUCACAACUCGAUCCAUGGACUCGGAUGACCAGGAUGCGGCGCAUGCGAAUCCAGUUCAUUUAGCGGCGCGCAAAGUGUUGGCUGAAUUUGAUAGAUCUUCACCACCAGUUCUACCACCCAUCCCAUUUGAUGUACCUAAAAUCCCAACUAUGGCAUCUAUCGAGCCUGGCUACCCUCUCUUGUCGCCUAAAGAUCAACAUAAAGCAUCAACCCGGAAACUUAAGGAAUAUGAACUACUCCUCAUCUUGGCUAAAAGUCAUAACCUUGAUGCUGACAAUAAAACUCCAUUUUUGGAGAUGUACAAAGCGUUCGAGGAAAAAGAAUCGAAGGGCAAGAACGUUCAAGAAUUGGCUGAUCAAAGAUAUGGACAUUGGUUGUUCCUCUAUGCAGUCAUCCAAUCACUUCCCAUGCUUGUAGUAGAUGUAGACAAUUUACGAUACACCGAAGGGGUGGAUUAUUUCUUAUGUCAACCGCCACUGGGUAACUUACCUUGGAUGGAAGAUGCAUCUGGAGUGAAAAUGGCAUGGUAUGGAGUUCAAGGCGGUCACGGAGUAGUCAGUUUACCUAGUGACGUCGUCAACUAUGGUACGGAAGGUGUCUAUCGAAGAUCACAUUGUUGGACUGUCGCUCAGAAAUGGAUCAACAAUGCCGAAGCGAAUGACCUCUCCCAGCCAUUUUCAUCAGAGGACCAAGACGAAGGUCCACUGUCACCGUUGGCGCCGCCUCCUGGAUUUGGUGGAAGUUCGGGCCGACCAAAUAGUCGAGAUCGUGAUAAUUCUUCUCGAAGAUCCAGUGUUGCGAGUAAUGGUAUGCUUGGAGUUGAUAAUCGUAGCAACAGCAGACAAUCCCAGAGGAACAGCGUCAUGUUGGGCUUGGAAAUGUUACCAAUUCCAGGUAACAUGGAAGCUGGUUUCAGAUCCGACUCAGCAGGUGGACGUGAAUCACCGGUCAGCGUCAUGGGAAGAAGAGGCGCAUCUCCAUAUGGUCGCAACAGUGUGGCCAGCCGAAACAGCGUCAUCAGUCUCCAUCCGGAUGGUCGACCCGCAUCUUCAGCUGGAAGAAAGGAAUCGACUUUCGAUGAUAUUCUUGGUACAUCAGGUUUGGGACAGAAAGACAAGGGAAAGAAAAGUUGA